UUCUCUUCUGAAAGGUGGAUGUGUCUUGCCGGGUCUCGGACCUCGCUUGCUGGUAAACGCGCGUCAUCUGAGAGCUGCUGGGCUCGUACCGGUGAGGGACAUGUCGAUCCAUGCCGAGCUCUGCAAGUCAUGCCGCGUCUUGGGUCCCAGGAUCUUGGUGAAUAACAUAAAGCAGACAUAAUUCAUCUCUAGAAACAUUGGUAUCCUGGAAUUUGAAAUGCUUUUUAUUUAGAAUAAUAGUAAGAAUGGAAAAAGGAAAAGUAAAUGAUAGUGGAAAACCAGACCCAGAGAAUUCCUUGGACUUUUCUGAACACUUCAAUCAACUUGAAUUGUUGGAGACACAUGGACACCUUAUUCCCACUGGUACUCAAAGUCUCUGGGUAGGCAAUUCUGAUGAAGAUGAGGAGCAAGAUGAAAAGAAUGAAGAAUGGUAUCAAUUGCAAGAAAAAAAAAUGGAAAAAAAUCCAAGCAAAUUGCUUCUUUGGGCUGCUGAAAAAAAUCGGCUUACUACAGUGCGGAGACUACUUUCUGAAAAGGCCGCUGAUGUGAACACUAGGGAUGAGGAUGAAUAUACCCCUCUUCAUCGAGCAGCCUACAGUGGACACUUAGAUAUUGUCCGCGAGCUGAUUGCGCAAGGGGCAGAUGUUCACGCAGUGACUGUGGAUGGCUGGACCCCCCUACACAGUGCUUGUAAGUGGAAUAACACCAGAGUGGCUUCUUUCUUACUUCAGCACGACGCAGAUAUCAACGCCCAAACAAAAGGCCUCUUGACCCCCUUACAUCUUGCGGCUGGGAACAAAGACAGCAAAGAUACCCUGGAACUCCUCUUGAUGAACCGUUAUAUCAAACCAGGUCUGAAAAACAACUUGGAAGAAACUGCAUUUGAUAUCGCCAGAAGAACAAGUAUCUAUCACUACCUCUUUGAAAUUGUGGAAGGCUGUACAAAUUCUUCACCUCAGUCUUAACAGUUCUAGUAAUUUUUUUAAGUUCCUAAGUAUCAGUGCCUCCUUUAUGUGAGCUGUAAAAUAUUCCCCUUAGGCAAAGUUGCCAUGAAAUGUCUUACUGCAGAAAUGUGGUGACACUCAUCAUAAUGCUCUUCCAAGUGAAUUGCCUGACCUUGAUGUCAAAAUAUAUUUGAAAGUUGUUUGGAUAUUUCUUAAAUGAUUUCUGUGGAGUUUGUGAUUUUUACCAGAAAAUCUUUAAACUGCCUAUACUUAAAAACUUGACACGGGUUGUAUAGAAAUUAAUGAUAUUUUUGGUGCUGAUUCAAGAGAAAUGUAUUUUUAAAUAUCCCA